AUGACAGAUAACGUAGAGAGACAAAAGUCUACUAGAUGGGUCAAGGAAGUACCAACUUAUGGAGGUUGGGGAGAUGAAGAUGAAUAUGAUUAUGAUUAUGAGACAAAUGACAACAAUAUAAAUCAAAAUACUAAUGCAACAACUACAAAUACAACAAUUAAUGAAUCUAACACAAACAAAGUACCGUCAUUACCUCAUGGCAUACUAGACCAGUAUAAUGACUCAAUACGAAAAAAUGACGCUAGCGAAACAUCAGUGCCUCCUCCACAAAAUGAUUUAGUUUUAUCAAUUGAUAGGAAAAAUACAUACAAUAGAGAUACAGAUGAUAGUAGCGAUGAUGAUGAUCAAUUUGAUGAUAGUAGAAAUGAAGUAGCACAUGAAGUAAAUAGUCCUGCUUUACAGCCUACUGAAAAACGAGAAAUAAGUCAAGAACCAGAACCACAUCAUAAUCACGAGGCUGUGCCUGGAGCAUUUAAAGAUGACAUUAGAUUACAACCAGAUUUAUCAACUACAUCAUUACCUAAACCUGACAAUAUCAAACAACCACAAACCAAUCUCGAUGAAUUUGUAGUCCCACCAACUCCAACAUAUAGUGAAUCUUCAAAUCAUGAACAAUUGGGUACACCAUCAGAAGCAAGUUUCCAAUCUGAUUCUUCAAUACAACGAGAACCAGUGAAUCUAAGUCUUAAAGAUUCUACUCAUAAUCGUAUGAAUAGUAUUGAUAAUUCAUUUGAUGAAAAUGAUGAUGAUUUAAUUUUGGAAAAGGAGAAGACUAUAAAACAUCAACCUGAAAAAUUGAUUUUGUCAACUGAUAAGAAAAAUGAGAAUCAUGAUGAUGAUGAUAGUACUGAUGAUGACUGGGGAUAUAACGGAGCAGAUUCUUCAGACGAGGAAGAGCAAGGAUUAAAACAACCAAUAGAACCAAAACAUGAUAUUGAUUCAUUUAUUGAUGAAUUAAAUAAUAAUCAUUCAAAUGAAUUUGAAAAAAUGCAAAUUGAUACAAGUAAUAUAGAUCAUCAAGAAUUAGAUCAUCCAGAUAUAAGUCCAGUUGCACCUCUAACAAUAGCACAACAACAUAAAACAUAUUUAGAUGAUUAUGCUGCAAGAAGAAGAGAUUCAGUUAGAAAACCACCUAAAAAGGAUUCUGGUGAUUAUUCACAAAUUGUAAGUGGUUAUGGUUCUGAAGGGGAACAAUCAUCAAUUAAUGAAAACGUCGAUGAAGAAACUAGCAAUAAACGUGAGAGUUUGGAUUUACCACCACCAGAUUUACAGCCAGUUAUGUCAUCAGGCUCAUUAUCAACUGGUAAAUUAUCAAUGGAUUCUACAUUUAAACCACCAGAUGUAGAUAGAUCAUCAAGAAGAAUAUCUCAAGAUACUUUCAAUAUGGGUAAUUGGGCUCCAAAUACUGAUUCUUUUAGAAAUCAAUUUAUAAAUGAUAAUGAUAAUGAUUCAACAAUAAAUUUUGAUUCAGAGGUUAAAUCAAAAUAUGAUAAAUUUACCAAAAGUAGAAAUUUAUCAGGAUUAAGUGAAGAACAUUCAAAUGCAAGUUCAUUAUCAGUACCUGAUACGAUAGAUGUAAUGCCAAAUAUUCAAGAAGAUGAACAAGAUGAUGAUCACGAAAUACAUUCACAUGCAGAUGACACAGCGUCAAGUAAAUUAGAUACAAUUAGGACACAAGAUUCAAUCUUAGACAAUAAACCAUAUUUAAAACCAGUUUUUGGCGAAGAAAAAAUGACACCAGCACCAUCAAAAGAAUCAUUACCACAAAAAUAUAAUAGUUUAAUACCAACACAACCAAGAAAAGCAUCGGAUGGAUCAAUUGAAUUAUCUACAUCAAAAUCACCUUCUACUUCACUAACUCCAAAUCAAAGUAAAACUCCACCACUUAAGUUAAAUAGAGAAACAAGUGAUUCAACCACAUUAAUAACAACUCCACAAUCAACUAUAAAUUUUACCCCAGAUAAAUAUCCAGUAUCGGAUUGGAAAUCAAUAGUUACAAUAUCACAACCAAUAGAUAGAAUAAAUGCUUUUAAAAAAGCAUUAGAAAAAGAAUCAAAUUACGAUUCAGGUUUACAAAAUUGGUUACAUUUAAGUUUAAAACAAAGUUCUGAUUUUAGUAAUCAAAUUCAUAUUGGACGAAUAGCAUCUCAAGCUUAUGAAAAUGCUCCUCAUAAUGAUUUAAGAAGGUAUGGAUCUUUUAGAUCUAAAGUCAAUGUAAUGAAAGAUAAAGUUGAAGGUACUGGAUCAACUGCUACUAGUUUUGGUAAGAAAUUAUUUGGUAAAAGUAAAAAAUUUAUAUCUGGAGGUGGUGAUAAAUAA